AUGCCUCCCAAGGCCGCUGACAAGAAGCCCGCCUCCAAGGCACCUGCCACUGCCUCCAAGGCACCGGAGAAGAAGGAUGCUGGCAAGAAGACCGCCGCUUCUGGUGACAAGAAGAAGCGGACCAAGGCCCGCAAGGAGACAUAUUCUUCCUAUAUCUACAGAGUCCUCAAGCAGGUGCACCCAGACACCGGUAUUUCAAACCGUGCGAUGUCGAUUUUGAACUCUUUCGUCAACGACAUUUUCGAGCGCGUCGCCACGGAGGCCUCGAAGCUGGCGGCUUACAACAAGAAGUCGACCAUCUCCUCCCGAGAGAUCCAGACCUCUGUUCGCCUGAUCUUGCCUGGUGAGCUUGCGAAGCACGCCGUGUCGGAAGGCACGAAGGCUGUCACCAAGUACUCCACGUCUACGAAAUAA